AUGCCCGACGUUGGUCCCCCAACCGACCACAUUGAGACCUCUACCCCCGAAGAGACGCUCAAGCUACUCUACGAACUUGACGCACUGACACAGAUUCCAGAAGGGGAGUUCACCAAGGACAUUCCCCCACCGCCGAUAGGAGAGUUUACCAAGCCAGCUAGUAAGUCCACACCGACGCAAGUUGGGCAGCCUGGACCUUCGUCGGUACCGGGCGGCUCAGGAAACCAGGUUGAUGAUGAGGAGGAGGAGGAGGAGGAGGAGGAGGAGGAGGAGGAGGAGGAGGAGGAGGAGGAGGAGGAGGAGGAGGAGGAGGAGGAGGAGGAGGAGAGCGACGACGAAUACGACGAGCGUCCUCCGCGUAGCACGAAUCCGCGCACCUUGGAAGAACGCCUCCGGCGGGAACUUGAAUACAUAGAUGACAUGCUAGAACAGGACGAGGACGAGGACGAGCAGAACAUGGCGGUGCCACGCGAACAGUGGAGAGCAGCAGACUUCGUCGAGGACGACAUGGUUUACGCAAGCAUCGACGUGCUGGUCAUAGACGCCCUACGCCACCUGCAAACCUUGGAGAAGAAUAGCACGACGCUGAGGCUGUACACCUCGUUCAUCUACCACUACAAGAGGUGGGCGGCAAAAAUGCUGACGCAAAUACGCGACAAGCUUCCCCAGGAGCACAGGCUUAGGCACGUCGACGAGAUCGGCCACUACAUCCGGGACAACAAGAAGAAGAAUUGGGACAAAGUGGCCGAGGUCCCCCGAGAGUACAUCUGGCUGCACGGCCCUAGGGUAACCGAAACCCGGCUGCGCGCCUAUAUGAAGUUCAUGAUACGUGAGUGUCAGCUCGAUGCCGAGUCGAUCGAGGAGGGGAACAAUGCCCCGCGAACCCAGCCGGUGCAAGGUACAACGGUGCACACGCUCCUCGGGCGCAUAAAGGCAUGCCAGAUGGCGGCGAGAGUGGAGGCGACGCUCUACCGGGAGAAGGAGCUGAGCAUCAUGCGGGAGAUAUCGGUGGUCAGAUCGGAGGUGCGGUUCAUGGUCCGCACCAAGAACGAGAGGGACGUCAAGAAUUGUGCCGACCGGCGUCGCGGCACCAUCGGCGAUACCUACACCGCCGAACAGUUCCGCCAGAUCAUGAUGAAGGUGCUGCCGACAUGGGCGGCGUCGGCGUGGAACCCGCGGGCAACCGCUCCUUCGCAGACGCUGUGGCGAUUUCUGCUCACCAAGGCGCUCACGCUACUCUCCCACCACACUCUCCUGCGAGGCGCCAGCAUCCGCGAGAUCACGCUCCCCGACAUCUUCUUGUACCGACUGGCUAGCACCUCGUCGAUAAACCUGGAGAACCAGCCAGUCGUCAUGGUGAUCGCCGCGCGGAACUCGAAGACUUCCAAGGAUGCCCGUCUUCAGCAGAGCUACGCGGCGCGACACCUGGAAGCGGAGUUGUGCGACGUCGGCGAGACCGGCCUAUGGUUGCACUUCAUCCUCGACCAGAUCGACGUCGACAUGCCCGACAUUGGUCCCCCAACCGACCACAUUGAGACCUCUACCCCCGAAGAGACGCUCAAGUUACUCUACGAUCUUGACGCACUGACACAGAUUCCAGAAGGGGAGUUCACCAAGGACAUUCCCCCACCGCCGAUAGGAGAGUUUACCAAGCCAGCUAGUAAGUCCACACCGACGCAAGUUGGGCAGCCUGGACCUUCGUCGGUACCGGGCGGCUCAGGAAACCAGGUUGAUGAUGAGGAGGAGGAGGAGGAGGAGGAGGAGGAGGAGGAGGAGGAGGAGGAGGAGGAGGAGGAGGAGGAGGAGGAGGAGGAGGAGGAGGAGGAGGAGAGCGACGACGAAUACGACGAGCGUCCUCCGCGUAGCACGAAUCCGCGCACCUUGGAAGAACGCCUCCGGCGGGAACUUGAAUACAUAGAUGACAUGCUAGAACAGGACGAGGACGAGGACGAGCAGAACAUGGCGGUGCCACGCGAACAGUGGAGAGCAGCAGACUUCGUCGAGGACGACAUGGUUUACGCAAGCAUCGACGUGCUGGUCAUAGACGCCCUACGCCACCUGCAAACCUUGGAGAAGAAUAGCACGCUGAGGCUGUACACCUCGUUCAUCUACCACUACAAGAGGUGGGCGGCGAAAAUGCUGACGCAAAUACGCGACAAGCUUCCCCAGGAGCACAGGCUUAGGCACGUCGACGAGAUCGGCCACUACAUCCGGGACAACAAGAAGAAGAAUUGGGACAAAGUGGCCGAGGUCCCCCGAGAGUACAUCUGGCUGCACGGCCCUAGGGUAACCGAAACCCGGCUGCGCGCCUAUGUGAAGUUCAUGAUACGUGAGUGUCAGCUCGAUGCCGAGUCGAUCGAGGAGGGGAACAAUGCCCCGCGAACCCAGCCGGUGCAAGGUACAACGGUGCACACGCUCCUCGGGCGCAUAAAGGCAUGCCAGAUGGCGGCGAGAGUGGAGGCGACGCUCUACCGGGAGAAGGAGCUGAGCAUCAUGCGGGAGAUAUCGGUGGUCAGAUCGGAGGUGCGGUUCAUGGUCCGCACCAAGAACGAGAGGGACGUCAAGAAUUGUGCCGACCGGCGUCGCGGCACCAUCGGCGAUACCUACACCGCCGAACAGUUCCGCCAGAUCAUGAUGAAGGUGCUGCCGACAUGGGCGGAGUCGGCGUGGAGCCCGCGGGCAACCGCUCUUUCGCAGACGCUGUGGCGAUUUCUGCUCACCAAGGCGCUCACGCUACUCUCCCACCACACUCUCCUGCGAGGCGCCAACAUCCGCGAGAUCACGCUCCCCGACAUCUUCUUGUACCGACUGGCUAGCACCUCGUCGAUAAACCCGGAGAACCAGCCGGUCGUCAUGGUGAUCGCCGCGCGGAACUCGAAGACUUCCAAGGAUGCCCGUCUUCAGCAGAGCUACGCGGCGCGACACCUGGAAGCGGAGUUGUGCGCCGUCGGCGAGACCGGCCUAUGGUUGCACUUCAUCCUCGACCAGAUCGGUCAGUUCAACGGCGUCGACUUCCUUCCGCCGCUUGACACCACCGAACGCGAGCGCUGGUACAAGAAGCACCUCUUCUUCGCCCGCAACGACAAGGAGCAAAAAGAGCUCUCCGCCUCCAGCCACCAACGUUUGACGCGGCAGUUGUGGACGACCAACAAGGUGUUCUGCAAGCGGAACGUGCACGCCGCUCGCGCCGGAGGUGCGCAGGAGCUAGCCAUUGAAGGGACGCCUCGCGCCGAGAUCGCCGAGCUGGGUCACUGGGCACUCGACAAGAUGACGCGUGCUUACAUCACAACCAUUCCCGUUUGGGUGGUGAUGAAGAAGGCCGGCUACUCGGGUUGCAAGCAAGACUACUUCUUGGGUCGCAGCAGGGUCGAGCCCUCUGACAAACUCUUGGACAUCAUCGCCGAGCACAUCUUCCCCGGCGUGGAUGCUCUGCUGCGCGAUGCGGAAACGCGAGCUGCCAAAGAAGGGAGCGACGCCGACAAAGCCGCCGUGCACUUCUGGCGUACCCUCCAGAUGAUGCGCCGCAUCGUCGCCGAGGACCUCGCGGUGAAGCUCGUCCGCACCCCUUGGCACCCGUACGUCCAAGGUUCGAAGCUCUGCCGGAUUGCCCUCUUUCAGCACUGGGCGAAAAGGGUCGAGAAGAUCGACACCGAAACGAUCAACAAACGCCGGGACCCAACCCUCAUUCAGGCAGAGGAAAUCUCCGUUCGCUUGGACACCGAAUACCAUAACAUGUCCCUCAAGGAGACGCUGAAGAACGAGAGGGAGCGCGCCGCGGUCGAGAAGAUCGACCUUCAGGAUGAACUCGAGAAGCGCGACGAUACCAUCGCGACGCUGACCGCCGAGAUAACCCGUCUCACCGAGGCACUCCGUGUGUCAGAAGCACGGAGGAUGCCGGAGACGCCGCCGUCGGGGAACGAGCAGACGCCGAGCGAGAGUGGCUCCGCGGAUUCGGCCAGUCCGGGGGCCAGAAACAAGAAACGGUACGAGAAACCCCCACAGACGCUCGACGAGGCUCGCUACGAGCUCAACGUGGUGCAACCUUGGCGGGAGUCAAAGACCGUGAGGGACGCUUGGCGCCUCUGGAACUCCGCCACCGCCGAUGACACCCGCCGUCUUUGCGAUAGGGUCGCCGAGCCGGGAUUCGUCGACCGCCACACCCUCCUCAAAGGCGCGACGCAGGGUGCACACGACAUGAAGGUGCGCCGCAUGCUGAAGGCCAUGGAUGCGGUGCGCCUUCUUCGCUCGAGCGACGGCGAUGCCGACACCGAAGCCGUCGUCGCUGCCCUGAACAAGAUCGCGACGCCGGGCAUCGGGACCUUCUGCGAUGCCCUCACGGUGCUCAAACCGGGAACCGCACCGACGAAGUCCAAGGAGCCCGGCAUGGGCGUCAAGGGGCUGGGCCCCAAGUCGGUCUCGAAGCUACGUCUCGCCUGUGCGCUGGUGGCGGUCAACUUGAAGCCGACCGCUUGGGUCGCCGUCCUGUUUCCAGACACCUGGGAGGAGCAGAUGCCGAAGACCGUGGCGGACAUGGAGCGGCAGACCGCACCUGUGCUGCGUCCUCCGACGAAGCGCAAGAAGGCGGCAUGA